AUGGCCUAUGAAGAAGCUGCCCAUCUUCAUGCCAUAGCUCCUUUGGAGACAAUACACCUAGUUUUCAUGGUGCUCUGCACCCUGGCCUUCCUCCUCGGUGUGAUGGGGAAUGGAUUCAUCAUCUUCAUCACCAGCUGCCGGAAGAAGAAAACAGUUGAUGCCAUGUGGCACCUGAACAUGGCCAUUGCUGGAUUUAUCUUCACCGUCUUCCUGCCUCUCAUGGUGGCCCAGGUGGCCCUGGGCUUCCACUGGUAUUUGAGAAGCGUCCUGUGCAAGAUAACCAACAUUAUCACCUCCCUCAGCAUGUUCUCUAGCAGCUUCCACCUCACGGCCAUCAGCGCCGACCACUGUGUCACCACAGUUUACCCCGUGUGGGCCCAGAACCACCGCACAGUCCAUCUGGCCUCCCUGGUCACACUGGGCAUCUGGAUUCUGGCUGUCGCGGUCAGCUGGCGCUACCAUGGCCUCUGCUCUGAUCAGAGUCUCUUGUUAAGUGAGAGUGGAGAAGCAGCCAACGUCGCUAUCCGGUUCCUGGUUGGGUUUCUGGUCCCACUAGCCUUGAUCAGCAUCUGUUUGGUCACCCUGGCUGCCAAACUGGGCCAGAAACGGGUGGCUUGGGCCAAGAAGCGCCUCCAGAGCUUCCUCAUCUUGAACGUCAUUUUAUUCCUCUGCUGGUCUCCAUAUCACAUCAUUGCCUUCCUGCAGACCUCACCCAAAGCACCAUCUCCAGAGACAACAGAGUCCCUGGAGACUGGGACCGUCUUUGCUCAUGGCCUGCUCUGUUUCAACAGCUGCUUCUACCCCUUCUUCUACCUCGUCAGGCGUCAGCAUUUUGUUGGCUGUGGGAGACAGAAGCAGAUCUGUCGAACCCCAGUCAAUGUGGGAUCAGAGCUGGUCGAAUUGGAGGCAAAUAGAUAG